CCAAUCGCAAGUCAAAGAGCAAACUAUAUCUUUGCCUCACUCGAGCGCCAGGCUCUUAGUCAGAACGAGGACAUGCUUUUGUGUUGAUGUGUGAGUAAGGUGCAGAAGAGUCAACAUUUACCAUGAACAGGAGACAAGGGCGGCCCUUCAGCAUGGUGCCACAUUGCUAUUAUGAAGGCUAUCUGGAGAAGAGGUCCUUUAAAGACAAGAAAUCUCGCAAACUGUGGACUUGUCUGUGCGGCAACACGCUUUACUUCUUCAACGACAAGAGGGACACUGAUUACAUUGAAAAAAUGGAUCUCACCGGGCCCAUCACGAUAACAGACGACAAUACUGUGGAUUACAAUUUGGACGCAGCCAAACUGAACCUCCAGACCAAAGACAGCGACAUCAAAUUCUCUGCUCCGAAUGCAGAAGCUCGAGAGCUGUGGAAGGGCUUCAUUCAAUCUGUGUCUGAGCUGUCGGUGCCGUCGAUGCUGAACCUGUUGCCAGGCCAGAUGCUUAUGCUCGAAGAAGUGGUGAAAAAGGAGAAAGAGAGACUCCGAAAUGUCCAACAAUCUUCUCCCAGUAUUGAUGUGGAGCCCGCAAAGGAAAUGCCAGACUGUUUCCACCCGGUGUCCCGCACGGAGGCAGAGCUUCUGCUGGAGCGUCAGUCCAGCCGGGGAAACCUGCUGUUGAGGCCCAACAGGAAUUGCACCGGCUUCGCAAUCAGCACCAGGGAAGAGAUGAAUGGGCCCAUCUUCAAACAUUACCUCGUGAGCCGCAAGCAAGACAACGGCUUCACCAUCGAAGUGGACACUCCUGUUGCGUGUGCCUCGUUGCACGACGUUGUCGUUUACUUCUCGGAAGCGACAGAAGGAGCUCUGAUUCCUCUGGCUCGGGAGGAAACAUAUGAGCAAAAUAUCUCUUACAUUGGCUUGGAUAAUGAAAAUGGAGAGAAGAGGGUGCGCGGAGCCUCCAUGCACCUUACGCUGCCAACGCAACAGCCCAAACCAGCUUUGCCAAGAGUGCCGAGUGAAGACGGGGAGGAAAAUGUCUACGUGAAUAACAGUCAUCACAAAGAUUUCCCGGUGGAGCGCUUGCUAGAGCCCGACAACAAAACGGCCGGGAAAUCGCAGAAAACUCCGACGCCCGCCCCUCGCAAAUUCCCGCCGUCUCCCUCGCCGGCCGCCGCCAGCAGGUCUACACACACCAGGGAGCCGAGGUGGAGGACCCACCCGGACCCCCACGUCCAGACCAUAUCGGAACUCCGGCAGAGGUUCGAGAAGAAGGCCAAGUGUGCCGACUGAACCGUGCGCCAGUGCCGCAACCAAUCAAUGUGAACGUCUUUUGACGACAUGUCUGUCGCCAUGACGCCCUGCUGCACUUUCCUUCCUUCCCUUGGACACUCUGUUGCAAAUGUGCUGAGGACAUUUAGCAUUUCGGUGGGCCACUGUCAACGUCCCUUGCAUGUCUACAAGCUGCUGGCAGUCCGGUUUUGACAUGAAUUGUACAUAAUGUGACUGUGACAGUGGGCACAGAGGUAAAUAGAGCCCAAAUGUGAUUUGACUAUGGUUUUCUACUGAAUGUAUAUUAUUGGACUUGACGUCAAUAAACAUUAAUAAUAUUAUGA